GCAGUGCCAGCCUGCCAAGCUCUGGCACCUGUCCCCUUUUUGAGAAGCAAAAUGUCUUUUCCAGAAACCUCUGGUGAACGUGUUCUUAUGCCUCAUUGUCCAGCAUUGGGUCGCAUGGCUUCAUGGGUCACAAGGAGUCUGGGAAGUCAUCAGAAAUGCAUUCAGCACCUACUGCAUCCCCAGUGCCACACACAGUGCAGUGGUGGAGGGCUCAUGCUCUGGAGCCACAACGCUUGAUUGGAAUCCUGGCUCUGCCGGCCACCGCGGGCAAGUGACCUAAUCCUCCUGGCCUCAGCUUGUUUAUCCAGAAAGUGACAUAAUGAUAGCACCACUCCCUGCGAGUGAGACAGCCACCUAGGAGUGCUUCUCUGACAUCCUUCUCUAUAUCCACCCCUCUUUCAGAAUGUCUUUGCGCUUCUCAGCCAGAGUUAGGGAGGUGGCGUGAAUUAAUAAGAAGUAUAUGAUCAAGAGUCAAGACCCUGCUUGCCGUGUGACUUUUGGAAACUCCCUGAAAUCUCUCUGAUCCUCAGCUUGCUCAUCUAUUAAAUGGUCCAAUAUAACACCUGCCUUGCCUACUGAACAGUGCAGGGAUUGGAGAGGAGGGGUCACUCCAGGUCCUCACAUCACUCCAGGGGCAACAGAGCUGACCAGGAACCAAGAAAUGCUGGUGACCUGGGGCCUGGAGCGGUGGGAUCAGCCCCCAAGCCACAGAUGAGCCUGUGACCAGGAAUUCAGUGGGAGGAGCCUACACUGCCUCCCAGUCCCCGCGCCUGCUCCGACAAGCACCUGGCACCGUUUCUCAGCUUCCACACCUGGAGAAUGGGAGAAGGGCCCACCUCUCACAAUGGGCCCAGGAUGUGCUAAGGAAACAACCCGCCUGGGUGUGGUUCUCAAGUUUUAUGAACAGGCUGAAGAGAAACAAAACAUAGUGCUCCUUCCCUUCCUAAGUAGUUUCAGGUGAUCUUUUUCGUGGGGGGCGGGAGAUGUCAGGCAGGGAAGGGACCCGGGGACCAGUUAACCAAAGGCCUGUGGAGGCUUCGAGCCCUCGAGGACCGAGGCACUAGCCGGCCGCUUCCACCAGAGAAGGGGGCGGCGGCCGGCACGUGCCCCUCCCCGUUGCCCCGGAGACGGGCGGCGGUUUAUGUUCAAAUCCCGGACUCUCCCACCAUGGCGCGGCGGCGGGGGUGCGCGCGGGUCGGUGCCCAGCCGCGGUGGUACGGCCCCAGUCUAGAGGUGCGCAGGAGCCCGCCCGACUCCGCAGUGGCGGCGGGUCGCCGUGGAGGAGAUUCCAUCAGCAAAAUGACGGACGUGGAGGAAAACGUGCCCCCGAAGGACCCUGGCGAUGCAGAGAGCGGGCCCUGUAAGCCCGAAACCUCAGGACCGACCCGGGAAGACAUGAGCAGCCCCAAGGACCACCCUUUCCGUCUGAUAGAUACAGUUAAUGAUGUUUCCAAGCUGAGCAAGGAGAUUGGGAUGAAUCAUGAUUUCCACAUGGAAGAGAAGGUUUUGCCGCCAAGCAGUCUGGAAGGCAGGGUCAAGGAGACAAUGCACAAUGCCUUUUGGGAUCAUCUGGAAGAGCAAUUAUUAGCUAUUCCUCCAGACUUCAGCUGUGCUCUUGAACUCCUAAGAGAAAUUAAAGAGAUCUUGCUGUCACUGCUAUUACCACGCCAGAACCGCCUAAGAAGUGAGAUUGAAGAAGCCCUGGACAUGAACCUCCUUAAGCAGGAAGCAGAACAUGGGGCCCUGAAUGUCCCUCAUCUCUCUAAGUACAUUCUCAACAUGAUGACUCUGCUGUGUGCACCAGUUCGAGAUGAAGCAGUGCAGAAACUAGAGAACAUCACAGACCCUGUUCGGUUACUGAGAGGAAUCUUCCAGGUUCUGGGCCUGAUGAAAAUGGACAUGGUGAACUACACUAUCCGGAGCCUUCAGCCCCAACUGCAGGAACGUUCGGUCCAGUGUGAACGAGCUAAAUUUCAGGAACUCCUCAACAAGCAGCCUAGCCUCCUCGAUCACACUACCAAGUGGCUGACCCGAGCGGCGGCAGACCUCUCCACGCCGCCGCCUAGCUGCCCUGACACUCCCGACUCCUCCAGUGUGGUCUGCCCCUCUCCAAGUGAGGCAGCCAACAGCCCGGAGCCCCUCAGCCCCAAAAUGGUGCUGUCCCAGGGCUUCCUGAACCUCCUCCUCUGGGACCCCGAAGAUGAAGAGUUCCCUGAGACCCUGCUGAUGGACAGAGCCCAGCUGCAGGAGCUGGAGGCCCAGCUGCGCCAGUUAACCAUCCUGGCCUCGGUCUUGCUAGUGGCCAGCAGCUUCUCUGGCAGUGUUCUGUUUGGCUCGCCUCAGUUUGUGGAUAAGCUGAAACGCAUAACCAAAGCCCUGAUGGAGGAGUUGAAGUCCAGGCCUGAGGAGGAGGCUAUGCUGACUGUGAGUGAACAGGUGUCUCAGGAAAUCCAUCAGAGCCUCCAGAACAUGGGCCUUGCUGCUCUGAGCAGCGACAACACAGCAUCGCUGAUAGGAGAGCUCCAGAACAUCACCAAGAAGGAGAACUGUGUCUACAGUGUCAUUGGUCAGCGGAUCCACUUGUUCCUCAAAUGCUGUUUGGUUCUUGGUGUGCAGCGGUCUCUGCUAGACCUCCCUGGAGGCCUUACCCUCAUUGAGGCAGAGCUGGCAGAACUGGGCCAGAAGUUCGUCAGCUUGACACACCACAAUCAGCAGGUGUUUGGCCCCUUCUACAUGGAGAUCUUAAAGACCCUCAUCCCCCCAGCCCAGGCACCGGAGACAGAAGUGGGGUCUCUCUGAUGGCACUGGCCCCAAGCCCUGGUACCUUGGACCCAGGAGAGAAGCCCAUCAUUCUCUUGGGGUGACAUCACCAGUGACCAGCAGAGCAGCAAGCCCUCUCCCCGUCUGCAGCCAGUGCACUGCCCUGCAGUGACCAAGCGUGUAACCACUGGCUGGCCCAGACUCAUUCACUAAUAAACUUCUGAACUGCAAG